GCCUCACUUGUUAUGCUAUGUGAAAGCGUAUGAACAUAGCACUCGAUCACCACCUGCAUACAUCUCUCUCUCUCUCUCUCUCUCUCUCUCUCUCUCUCCAUAGACUACUGAUCGUGUAACAUCGCCUACCUGGUAAGAAACAAUAUGUCAUUAAGAAAAUCAGCCACUGCUUUGGCUAUUGCUUUGGUGGUUUUGUGGGCCGAAACAUGUUCGGCAGAGAUCAGUAGGGCAAGCUUUCCAGAAGGUUUUGUCUUCGGGACAGGCUCUUCAGCAUUCCAGUAUGAAGGAGCAGUGAAAGAGGAUGGCAGGGGCCCCACAAUCUGGGACGUAUUUUCACGCACCUUCGGAAAGAUUUCUGAUUUCAGCAACGCUGAUGUUACCGUAGACCACUAUCACCGAUUUCCAGAAGAUAUACAACUUAUGAAGGAUAUGGGAAUGGAUGCAUACAGACUCUCCAUUGCCUGGUCCAGGAUUUUCCCUAAUGGAACUGGAGAAAUCAAUCAGGCAGGAGUUGAUCACUACAACAGUGUCAUCGAUGCUUUACUAGCUGCUGGAAUUGAACCGUAUGUUACAAUCUACCACUGGGACCUUCCUCAAGCCUUGGAAGACAGAUACAAUGGAUGGCUUGACCCCCAAAUCAUAUUGGACUUCACAACCUAUGCAGAGACAUGCUUUGAGAAAUUCGGCGACAGAGUGAAGCAUUGGACUACAUUCAACGAACCUCAUACGAUUUCCACACAAGGAUACGAUACAGGUCUCUUUGCUCCAGGAAGGUGCUCCAUCCUUCUUCACCUCCUCUGCAAGGCUGGAAACUCUGCAACCGAGCCUUACAUAGUUGGCCAUAAUCUUCUUCUUGCUCAUGCAACUGUGGCAGAUAUUUACAAAACAAAAUACAAGCAAAAGCAACAUGGAUCUCUCAGCAUAUCAUUUAACGUUAUUUGGUAUGAACCAGCAACAAACUCCAUUGAGGACAUUGAAGCAACGCAAAGAGCACAAGAUUUUCAGUUAGGCUGGUUUCUUGAUCCUCUGAUCUUUGGCGAUUAUCCAAGCUCGAUGAAAGAUAGAGUUGGAAGCCGAUUGCCCAGAUUUACGAAAGCCGAGUCUGCUCUUCUAAAGGGGUCCUUGGAUUUUGUGGGAAUAAAUCACUACACAACAUUUUAUGCCUGGCAUAACACCACCCACAUAGAAGAAGUCCUUCUCCAUGAUACCACAUCAGACGCUGGUGCCAUUACCCUCCCAUUCAGAAAUUUAAAGCCCAUAGGAGCCAAGGCAAAUGCCAUAUGGUUGUACAUAGUUCCAAGUGGGAUCAGAAAGUUAAUGAAUUACAUCAAGCAGAAGUAUGACAACCCUCCAGUCAUCAUCACUGAAAAUGGAAUGGAUGAUCCAAAUAGCCCAUUCAUUCCACGUAACAGUGCCCUGAAGGAUGAGAAAAGGAUCAAGUACCACAACGACUAUCUCUCAAACUUGUUAGCUUCUAUAAAGGAGGAUGGAUGCAAUGUCAAAGGUUAUUUCGUGUGGUCUCUAUUAGAUAACUGGGAGUGGUCUGUUGGAUUUGGUUCCCGUUUCGGUCUCUAUUUUGUGGAAUACCAUGAUAAGCAGAAGAGAUACCCUAAGGAUUCGGCCAAGUGGUUCAAGACUUUCUUGGCUUCUGAGGAGGAAAAUCAGCAGCGCGACAUACAAACUCACCAACCACAUAUCGAACCUUUGCUCUCUCACGUACAUGUGGAGCUUUGAGUGGGGUGAGGCUGGAUUUGUUGUUGGUCGGUACGUACUGAACAUUUUCGGAGGACAGCAAUGCUACAUACGUACGUACACACUCACCAACCACAGUAUAUAUAUUAUGAAUAAAAAAAACACUCUACAUGUGAAAUGAUUGUAUUAUGGGAAUAUUCUUUGGUUAUGGGAACUUUAAUUUCUGGUUAUUAAACGGAAGAUUGGUCAUAAUUUUUUUUUAUGUGCAAUAUGGCAUUCAACAGUAUGUAACUUAGUUUGGUGCUCUUUAUCAAGUGGAAUCCAUUAUCAAUUUGUGUAAAA